AACGCCAAAGCCACAAGACAAUGCAGGAUGCAAAAGAAACAUGUUGCAGGAGACACCCAAGGAUAAUAGGGUAUACGAGGAAGCUGAAGAAAGACUAUUGAAGCAAGUGGAUAGUUUCAGACGGAGAUACAACUCUUUGUAUCCCAAUGGCCCCCUACUGCUGCUCACUCCACAAAAUGAAAACGACAAAGUGGUACCAAUUUUGAGUUUGGUUGUACCCAGCCCUCAGCCCCAUCCCGAGCUGCUCAGCAUAUAUGAUGCAGCCCCAACCCUGGCAAACCUGCUCACCUAUAGUCCUCCGGCCCCGUCAUCCCCUCUGCCACGGAAGGUGCGAUCGGCAGCUGUCGUGGCGAUGACGCAGCGAGGAGAGGCAGCUGAGUGUGCCCUAGUGCUGGCUUCUGUUUUGCUGGGGGCUGGCUACCGCGCCUUCGUGGCCCAAGGCAUAGCCAGCCCCUCACUAGUGGCAGGCGACACGUCGACACUGUCCUGUCCCUACCUUGCCCCGCCCCAGAAGGAAGGGGAGGAGGGAGGCAAGGCACCGCCAUCGAAGUAUACGGUGAAACAGCCACCGGACCUGAGGAGCCGGUACAUCCUCAUCAUGGAGGAACGCACCAGCCGCCAACUCAGUGCCGAGAAGCAGCAACAGCAGCAGCAGCAGCAGCAACAACAGCAGAAACGAGACAGUGACAGUUUUGCUGGUAGCCAUCAGGAACAGCACCAGGAAGGCGAGAGUGGCGGUGAUCUCCAUUUCUGGGUGGUAGUGCUUCCCCCUAAGCGUCAAGUGACCUGCCCGACCCUUGUGGAGCCCAACACAGGGAAGAUAACGCUCCUGCCCACUGAAGAACCGUUACCUUUCCUCUGCCUGCACGCUCUCUUCAACCACAGCAAUUACUGGGCCUCCACGCAGCCCCGGACACCCCUCAACCGCGACACGUUCAACUUGGAUGAUCGCUCACUGUGGCUGCCGCUUAUCGACGACGGAUCAGGCAAGCCCAAUGAACGCCCCCAGCCUAAGGGAAUGAGACACAAACCCUCCGAACCUUCCUCCCACACCAAGGAACACGAGGACACGCAGCAAGCCAGUCAUGAUCCACAAGACUCACCCAGUAAGCCUCAAGAAUCUUCAGGGCAGUCUCCGGAAAAUCAAGAUUCUUUCAGCAAGUCACAGGACACCCCAAGCAAAUCUCAGGAGACGCUUAGUCAGUCACACGAGGCUCAGGAAUCUCUCAGUGUAUCUCAGGAAUUAUCCAGUCAGUCUCGUAAACCUAGUGCAUCCCAGGCGAAAGCAAGACGACCCAGGAACAAGGAGGAUCCGCUGCUGCCGCGUGCUUGCUAUAAACCUGUUGUUAUCACCGAAGAAGGCAAGCGAUAUGUGUGCGCGCGCGCGCGUGUGUGUGUGUGUGUCGUGUGCGCCUGCUAUUACGCGGCCCCAUAUGACCUUCAUAUUGUUGCCUUGCAACUCAUUUUGUGCCUCUUUAUAGCUCUAUUACAAAGGUUCCCCGGGGGCUGGCGGGAAGAGGUGUAUCGGGAGGCUGUGGUGAGACGCUACGCCCCGCUGACCCACCCACGCGGUACAACCCUUGCCCUCACUCUUCGCACCCCGGAAGGAUCGGUGAAGGAGGUGAGGGAGGAAUUUCAGCAGCGGCAGGACAGACUCGUCGGCCGUAUCACGGACCUCAAUACGGGUGCAGUCAGGGACACCUUCUCCAGAAGCAGGAAGGACACACUGAAGGAGCACCAAUAUUGGAGGGAACCGAUCUCCCUGGGCACCCGCGUUGGACCAGACGGCGUGGACAACCCGUGGCAGGCGAGUGAGUUGGAGAUGCGAGGACAGACGCAACCCCUCGAGGUGUUCCUAUUCCAUUCGGAGUUUCGCGUGGACGCCCUCAGGAGACGAGAGGUGCGCAGCGGCGAGUGGCGAGAAGAAUAUGAUGCCCGCGCCGAUCUUCUCCUGAGGCGCACCGUCACCUUCGCCAGUGCCUCCUCCAGGGCAGUCCAGAAAAUAGAGGAAGAAUUCGAAAGCCCAGACAAAGGGUGCAGUGACGAUAGCGGCAACGGUGAGGCGGAUGAUGGUGGUAGUGGUGAUGGUCGUGGCAGAGGCAUGAGCAGCAGUAGCAGAGGUAUGCAACAGUCAGUACAGCGGCGGGUAAUGAUGGUGACGGAGGGACGCGUCCAUCUGUUGUACCACUACGGCCGCCACCGUCUCCUGCAACCGUCCCGAACCUUUGUGAAACCCCAGGACGGCUUGGCCACGUCCCUCACCAUGGAGCACACGCACAGCUUCCAACCUGAUCCCGGGGCGGAGGAGCCGAAGUUGCCGCAGCUGUGGGAGGAGUUGGAGGUGCAGAUGGAGGCUGAGGCUCGGGCACUGGUGGAGGUGCGACAGGCUGUGGAGGAGACAGAGGCGAUAAAGGAAGCACGUGUGUCGGAGGAAGAGCAAGCAACUCUCCUGCCUGGAAUCUUUGACACAACGUCCAACGCCACAGUGCAGCAGAUCCUUAAGGAGAGGGCGUGGGAGGAAGCACAUCGGGAAGAAACGGAGAGGAAGAAGAGAGAAGAGCUAGAGGGCCGCGUCGACAUCAUUGCGCCCUACCUACCGCUGCUUCAGGGCGGGGAAGGACUGGAGGAGGCCGUGCAAGAGCGCUGCCUCCAGGACCUUAGGGAUCGCCUCGCCCUCAGAGCAAAUCUUCUCCAGGACAAACUAGACGAGGCUCGGGAAGCGGUGCUGACGUGCCGGGAGGAGGUCAGCCGCCGCAAACGAGUGACUGCUGAGGAGCGUGCCGCUCUCAAUGCUGAAACCGCUGCCGCCGAGGCCGCGCACCGCCGCCUGCGAGCUCACUUGGCUGCCUGGAGACACGAGGCCGAGGAAAGGUACGAGACAAUGGCUGCUAAGCUGGAGAUCGACUCCAGGAUCAGACUUAUACCUAGCUCCGGUCUCUCCUCCCCGCCGCCAGACACUGUACAGGGCAGCACUACAUCACCCUCCCCUCGGCGCUGAGACGCACACCUCUGGCUAGUCAGGGAGGGGGUAACGGUGCGUUGGUCUGAGUUGCAGGUAACAUCUUACCACCCAAGUAACCACUUCCUUUCAAUAGGAAUCUCAUUAUAUAUUUGUAUACGGUCUAGGCAUUGUACUUUCAAUAAAUAAUGAACAAUAUGAGGAAUUAA